AUGUAUGUUAUGUCUGCUGGUUCUGUAUUUGUUGUUUUACUGGUCUAUGUUGACGAUAUCAUUGUUACUGGUAAUUCAGAAGCUGAUAUUGUUAGAAUUAAAUCUGUUUUAAGUGAAAAUUUUCAGAUAAAAGACUUGGGUGUCUUGAAGUAUUUUCUGGGAAUUGAAGUAUUAUAUGUUGAUAGUGGCAUUUGUUUGAAUCAGCGUAAGUAUUGUUUAGAGUUGCUUAGUGAGUUUGGGUAUUUGGGUGUUAAACCGGUUAGUACGCCUAUAGAGCAAAGUCAUGUUAUUAGUAAUAAACUGAGUCAAAAUCAAACUGCUGUGAAAGAUGUUACGAGUUUCCAGAAACUGAUAGGCAAACUAAUAUAUCUGUCUAUUACUAGACCGGAUAUAAGUUAUGCCGUUCAGUUUCUAAGCCAGUUUAUGCAUUCGCCUAAAGAAUGCCAUUUGCAAAUUGCAUUACGGUUGCUUAAGUAUUUGAAACAAUCUCCUGGGAAAGGGAUUUUGUUUAAAAGAGAAAAUGAUUUUGUGUUGAAAGGUUUUGUUGAUUCUGAUUGGGCGAAAUGUUUAACAUCUAGAAAAUCUGUAACUGGAUUUAGUAUAUUUCUCGGUAGUUCUGUUGUGUCUUGGAAGUCUAAAAAACAGAGUGUUGUUGCUAGGUCUACCGCUGAAGCGGAAUAUAGGGCUAUGUGCUCUGCUUGUUGUGAAGUUAUGUGGAUCUUAAACUUGUUAAAAGAGCUAUGUGUUGAAAGUACUUUACCAGUGAAAUUGUUCUGUGACAGUCAGUCUGCUAUAUCCAUUGCGUUUAAUCCGGUCUUUCAUGAACGGACUAAACACUUUGAGCUGGAUUUGCAUUUUUUAAGAGAGAAAAUUUCAGCUGGUAUUGUUAUUCCAGAAAAGGUAAGUUCUGAUGAACAGUUAGCUGAUCUGUUCACCAAAGGAUUGAAUGGGUUACAACAUGACACUUUGUGUCAUAUGUUGGGUAUGUUAGAUGCUUUCACUGUAUGA